UCACACACGCUCUCUCUCUCUCUCUCUAGCCAGUUUACGGCUGCGUAGCCAGUGGACGGACACUUGACGAACAAAGGGCAGAGCAGCAGAAAGAACUGCACAAGUGUGGAACGCCAGAGAUCAAAGCAAGGUUGGUACGACCUAAAAUGAAAUUCAGUUUUGCUCUCUCUGAAACGGAGACGGAAGAACCCAGAACUCUUACACCUUCCAAGGAAGAACAACUUGAAUGGGUGCCUAUCCAGAAACACCCCUUCUUCUCUGCUUCCAUCAAUGCCGGCAGCGGCUGCAGCACCGUUUCCUCCGCCUCUUCGGCCCUGGCAAACCUCAUCGCUUGGGAUGGAGCCUCGCGUCUGUACUUGUGGGACUCCAAUAUGCACUGUCUCCAUCGCUUCUCCAUUCGUUUAGGUGAUCCUGAGCCUACUUCUGUCGUCGCUGCCUCGUCUUCCAAGGUGUUGCAACCAGAUAUUCAGAUGCACUUUUUGGUCAACAAUAUCUCUAUCAACAGAAAUGGAUCAGCAAUGCUCCUUGAGGGUUCUGAUGGUCUAUGCAUCAUGUAUCUGUAUGGGCGAACUUCUACAAAAGAUAAUACCAUUAUUUGUAGGACUGUCAAACUUGGUUCUGGAAUUUAUUUUGACAGUAACAGCUCUGUACGGACUUUACAAGUUUUAUGGCACCCAUAUAGUGAUAUCCAUUUGGGAAUUCUUUCCUCUGAUUCAGUUUUCAGGCUUUUUGAUUUAUCUUAUAGUCUUGAGCAGCCAGAGCAGGAAUAUUAUUUGCAGCCUGUGGAACCAGGCAGAUGCUAUAAUACGGCAUCAAUAUGCCCUGUUGGCUUUUCAUUCGGAGGUGAACACUUGUGGGACAGAUUUAGUGUCUUUGUUUUAUUUGCUGAUGGUUCUGUCUACAUCCUCUGCCCAGUUGUGCCGUUUGGAAGUGUCUACAGAUGGGAAUCUAUUGCAGAAAUAUAUAAUGAUGCACACACGUUUGGAUUGAAAUCAGCCAAUUCAAGAGCUGUUAGUAAUUCUAGCAUUGCUAUUGCUUGGUUAGAAGCGACAUUUCCUGAAUUAUGUCACCAAGACAUGGAAGGGGGCAAGAUAUCAGCACUAAAAGCCCAUCCACAUGCACAAUUUGAUGCAUCCCUUUCAUUGCAGGGACCUCUCCGUAAAUUAUGCCAUGGUGGGGGAGAAGAUGACUCUGAAGUCCAAGGUGCAAUUUGUGAAGGUCGUGCUGUGGAUUUUCUUUAUAAUUCAGUCAGCAAAGAUUCGAUUCUGGUGACUGCAUGGAGCAGUGGGCAGUUGCAGAUAGAUGCCCUAGCUGAUGAGAUUCAGCCAGCCUGGAAUGUUGGUGGUCGACCCCGUUUCUGUGUUGAUUCUCAUGACCACAUCUGUGGACUUGCCAUGAUUUGUGACUCAAACCCGGAUGAGCCCUCGGUUGUGAAGCUUGACCAACCUCUUGAUGAUACUCUUUGGUUGGGACAUCCACCCCCUUUGUUGAGACUGGCUGUUGUAGAUUUGGCUUUACCAAAAAUUGCUGAUAAUGGUAGCCUUCUUAAAAUGUUUGUUGAUCCCCUCAUUCCGGAGAGAAUAUAUUGCUUGCAUGGUGGUGGUGUAGACUCGAUAGUGUUGCAUUUUCUUCCUUUCACUAGUCAGACAAGUGGAAAGGAUGAGACCAUGAGAGCUCCUUCAGUGCAUCCUAUUCUUAGUACCUGCCGGGGGGAAUCAUGCUCUCCUCCUCUUUGUGGUUUAGUGGCACUAGCAGAUUCGGUUGGAUAUUCCUGGAUUUUGGGAGUCACCUUCUCUCAAGAAUGUAUCUUGGUCGAGAUGAAGAGCUGGGAUGUGUUGCUUCCCCAUCACAUUGAUGUUAGUAAAAAACCUGGAAGCUCCGAAGAACUUCCAGAAAUUGAUCCUCCAGAUAUUAUAAGCAAAGAGCUCCUUAGUGGCCCUAAGGUGGAUAUCAUUCCUCAGGUCUCGCCAAAUCUACGAUCCAUGGCUGCUGAUUCCAUUGAAGGCCGAUCAACUCUUAAUCAGUACUUCAAGCUCUUCAAUGAGAAUUAUGUGGAGUAUGCGCAUAAGGUUUUCUUUGAACUCAAACAUCACGCUGCACAACUGAAGAAAAUCAUAGAUGACCAGCAUGCUCGUUUAACUGAGGCCAAGAAAAACCUUCUGAAGGUUGAGGAGAAACAGCCAAGAUUUGAUGACCGAAUAAAUCAUGCCGUCCAGGUCCAUGAGCAUCUAGAAGAGCAUUUACAAGGAUUGAGAGACUUACCUGGGGUCCGAAGGAAACCAUUGUCCAGAGCAGAACGUCAAUUCAAAUCUGAGCUUGAUAGAUUCACAGGACUUGAGUUGGAUGCACUACGUUCUUCCAUUGAAGCUCUAAAUGCAAGGUUGAGAAGGUUUUCGCAUUCUCCCCAAGGUAAUGCAUCAAACUCAGCCAGAAGACAGCUAGCAUUGAGGAGGAAGCCUCAUCUGCCAGAUGCCCAAAUUGCGCAGCUUAGAGCAUCAAUUGAAAAGCUUUCACUCAUCAAUGAUGAGAAUUCGAAAAAAGUCAAGCUUGUAGAAUCUGCACUGAUUGACAUGGGGCAAGUCUGAAGCAUUUUCUGCUACAUUUACGGGACAAAUGGAAGCUUGUUUAUAUCUGCUACAUGAUAAAUGGGGUUGGGAUCCAAAUCUCUAUACAUUUCCAUCAAAAAGGGCUUGUGGAAUUGGUGAGUAUGUUAUGCAAUUAAAAUGCCUGCUGAAAGCAAGUGC